AGCCGUUCUCACUCGAUCUUUCGUUGUACCGUUUCAUUCUAUUUUCAUUCUGUCAAACGUAGCAGUGAGGUGCGGUAGCCGGUACGUGAGCGCGACGUUGUUUUCUAUUUCGAUCAAUGAUAAUGUUUUUGUUGAUUACACACAAUCAAAACACCGUUAGCUCGAUCCGUUAUCGGCAAGGUUAAACGAUAUUAUAUUGAUGCAAUUGCGUAAAAUAGUUGGCUAACAGUGGAUAUAGCGUAUUAUUGACGAAAUAAACAGUAUAUUCAUUGAAAACAUUUUGGCAAUGUCGACGGUACGGUAUUGUAGUGUUGUGUGCGAGCGAUGAACUGAUGUGCCGUGGUCGUACUUUCUCGUACUUUUCUGUGUUUUGUUUGUGAUAAGAAAGGCAAGAUGGGAUCCACAGGCUUGACUUUAGCCGACUUGCCCAACAUAUUUAUUAUGAUAGGCGCUUUGAUAGCGCUGUUUGUGAUGCUAGUCAUACUUCUCAGAAACAUGGAGGUCAUAGGGAUAGUAGGGGAGGGGAGGGAGGAGACCUGGCCGCGAGCAAUGCAGCCGCCGAGGUUGCUCAUGCAGAGGGUACACAUACCGUUCACCUUCAAGCUGUUGGAGAAUGAACCUAUAGGUUAUGGUGGUGUGAACUGCUGCGUGUCGUCCACAGUUCGCUACUGGCACGCGAGCUGGUGGGGCGCGCCAGUGCGGGCCCUCCAUCAGACCCUGUGGGGCACGCUGCCGGAGAUACUCGCUUCCAACCACCUCAACUUCACCAGAAGCAACCCCCACGACGAAAGGGUGCUCAAGCUGUCGUCAGACGAGCCGCUUCAGCUGGGGCCGCCGCCCCGCAGCUGCUACCCCCUCGUGGUGAUCCUCGCAAGGGACCAGCGGGACACCGCUGAGUUGCGGCCUGAUGAUACGGUAGCACUUAUAAGUAUAGUGCAUAUAAAGGACGACCAAUGCCCGCUGCCGAGCGGGGUUAUAGCGCAGUAUUUGAAACAAGCCAAUGGACACUUGUCUUGUUUGAAGCAACUGUACGUGUCCGGCGAGAUGGCGGACGUGGACGGGGGCUACCGCGCGGGCGGCGAGGCGCUGUGCUGCGUGUGCGCCGCCGCGCCGCUGUCGCGCGCGCUGCUGCCGUGCCGCCACGCGUGCCUCUGCGCGCGCUGCUUGCCCAAACUGGACAAGUGUCCUAUCUGCAGAAGCAUGAUCACCAGUUACUUCUGCAUCCGCAACGACGACGAGCCUCUCUCGGAGCUCAAACAGCAGCAGUAUCCCAUCAACAGGCGCAUCUUGAACCUGUUCCACUAUCACUAGCGAGCGAUCAGUUUGUAUUUCUGCACCGGCUGGUCGAUAGUGUGGCAUCGGCCUUAAGACUAAUUAAUAGACAGCGGCUGAUGUGGCACCAGCCUUAUCUGCUGAAUGGAAAACUUUGUCAGUAGAUACAGACAAUGGCCAGUAUGUCACAUCGUCAUUUGAAUGUAAUAUCGUGAGUGUGUAACAAGCCUUAUUUACUGGAAUGCAUCAUUAUCAGUAGUUUAAAAAACGCUGUCUUCAAAAUCAUCUAAUGAAAGUGGAACCUUAUCACUUAUUUAAGCUAGACUGAGGCUAGUGUGCAUAAUUUAUCAUCAUGUCCACAGCACCAGUCAGACGUGUGUAUAGCCAGCCUUAUUUAUUGAGUGUGCAACAAUAUACUGUCAUUAUAUCAACUGUAGGAACUGGACAAGUGUGUCACCAGUCUAUUUCCUAACAACGGAACCGUCACUGGUGUGUACAGGCCUUACUAGGCUAUUCAACAAUCGCAAGUGUGUGACCGGCCUAUAUUGACAUUGGAAAUCAUAGCUAGUAUAUACUCAGACUUAGUUGUUACAAUAAUUAUAUUGAACCUAGUGUACAAUCGGUAUAAAUUGCUCGAAAAAUGUCACCCGUCGAUGACAGCUAAUAACUUAGAAAUACUAAAAGUGCAUCACCAGCCUUAAUUUGGUGUAUUACAUCUAAAUAAAAGCAGUCAUUGAUAAAUGAGGAAAAGAACCAAACUUAAUAUCACUUAAUUUUGCUAUUCCUUAAUAAACUUAUUAAUAUUAAUAAGUUAUUAAUUCUACCAUCAUUGUAAAACAUUAUCAAAGAUGGAAGUACACUAGAUAUCACUUGGUUUUAUUUUUCGUCGAUAAUGUGUUCCUCGCUUUAAUUUUCUUUAUUUCUCGCCCCUUAUUCUAAUGUGAUGUAGUAAUAAAUAAUAAAAGACAAAAAUUUGUUUGUGAUAUGUUCUGAAUGAGAAAUUUAUUUUGUACAAAUGUGAUGAAUUUUUUUAAUUUAGUUUUUUUUUCGUAUACAAAUUUUUAACUUAUCGCUUGUGUUCAAAUAGUUAUUAUUUUCCUUUUAGUGAUAAACGGCAUAAAAUUUCCUAUUUAAGCAAUUAUGUAAGUGUGGGUGCAAAGAAUGGAACUGUGAUAAAAUAAAAAGCUUUGUGACAUUGCUAUGUAUGUAAAUAUAGGAUAAACUGUAAAUUCCUAGUGUAUUAAAAAUAAAUAAGUCGCUUAAAAAUAACUUGUUAGAAUUAAUUCCCAUUCACACCUCGAAAAUACAUGAAUUUCAACUUGAAAUGUCUUUAGAUAAUAUUAAUGUUCUAUCAUCUGUGGAUUUUUGAGGAUCUGUGUAAAAUGCUGUCUCGCUCUGACGUUUUUAAAUUCAAAUUUGGAACUUUAUGAUUUAUUAACAAAUACUCAUAGAACCUCAAGAAUUUUAAAUAGUGAAUAAUAAUUUUAUCCAUGCCUUCAUGAAAUAUUAUCUAUAUAAAUUAACGAAGUCUUCCAAUAACAAAUUAACAGAAACAGAUCUCAUUUGUGAAACAACGAGUUAAAUACUGCAAAUAUAAGGAAAUAACGAGCCGAGUUAAUGUUAAUAUUAUAAUGUUAAAUAAUUCUGACUAAUAACAAGGAAAAUAAAAAAUUGCAAGAACUACAUCUUAUUUUGUGUGAAUCUUGGUGGGUUAUGAAUAUGUAGAGCUGUCAUGAAUAUUAAAUUUAUAUUUAAAAAAGUAUAUAUCAAUUGCCUUUUUAUGUAACUCCAUUGUGUAGUUCCCGUGUAUUUUUGUAUCUGGACGUUAUAAAGUUAGUUUUUUUAUUAAUUAUAAAAAUAUGGUUAUUCAUGUUUUUCAAUCGUCCAUUUUUUACAGUAAAAGAGCUAUAUUUGAUAAUAUGUAUUUAUUAUUUUGAGUGCAACUUUUUUUUUGAUCACAUGUAUCUACUUAUUUACCUAAUUCCAAUAGUAUCGGUUUGGUGAGAGCUCUAUAUAGGAUAUCACAAUCAAAUAGUAGAAAAAAAAACAUUUAUCUAGAACAUUGCUGAAGUGAUAAAAUAUUGAACCAAUUGUAGUAUCUAAACCAGAGGCUAACAAGUCAAUAGCAGAUUGUAGUAAAUGUAUAUUUUUAAAACGUGUAAAUAAAUAAAAUUGCCAAAGUAA